GCUGAGAUCUGAUACGUACUUUGUAUAGACAACCAACAUCACAAUAGUGGGAACGGCAAAGUGUAGUGCAGCGCAUGUCGUCUACUGUAUAUCGGAAUAAUCCAAUAAACAAAAACAAGGUUUCUGUUACUCAUAACGAAAUUAGUCAGCAGUUCAAUUUAGAUAUUUAUAGUUUGAAAGCGUGACAUCAUCCCAUGUUUGUUUUGCUUUGUCUCACACACAAAUACAUAUCCACGAUCGCUUGAAUUCAUGAACUAACUCGUUCAUUGAAUUUACUGCCUGUUUUUAAGCUUAUAAAUACAUUUCAUAGGUUAUGUUCGGAACAUAAAACAUACUUUUAGAUUAGACGGUUCUUUUUAGUUGAAGAUGAGUAUGGAAAAGAAAAUCGACGAGAGUGGAACAAUGGAACGAAAAUCGUCCGCAGAGACCAGCAUUAUCAGCAUCAUUUUGAGUACUUUGAAAAAAGCUUCUGUAGUGGGAGUAGUUUAUCUAGCUGGAUAUAUGCAAUGGUCGGUAGCGUGGUUCAUCGGCCCCGUUGUCUUGUUCGUCUUGAGAGACCAAUGGAAGAAUACAAGUGAUAAAAGAAGAACUCUAGCUAAAUUAACCGCUGUUUCCAGUGAAAAAGAAGUUGUGCUGGCUAGACUGAACGAUUUACCAGCUUGG